AUGUCACCUCCUGGUAACGUCCUAGUCGUUUCAAACAGAAUACCUGUCACUUUAAAAAAAACUGAAGAUGGUCAAUAUCAAUAUAAUAUGUCCUCUGGUGGGCUAGUCACCGCUUUACAAGGGUUAAAGAAAACAAGUACUUUCCAAUGGUUUGGUUGGCCUGGAUGGGAAGUUCCUGAAAAGGACCAAGCUAAAGUUACGAAAGAUUUAGAUGAAAAAUUCAAUGCAUCACCAGUUUUCCUUAAUGAUGAUGUUGCCGAACUACAUUAUAAUGGGUUCUCAAAUUCAAUCUUGUGGCCAUUGUUCCAUUACCAUCCUGGUGAAAUAAAUUUUGAUGAAAAUGCCUGGGCUGCAUACAAUGAAGCAAACAGAGCUUUUGCAACUGAAAUUAUGAAACAUGUCAAAGAUGGUGAUGUUGUUUGGGUCCAUGAUUAUCAUUUGAUGUUAUUACCCGAAUUACUAAGAGAUGAAAUUCAAAAAAGAGGAAUCAAAGAUGUCAAGUUGGGUUUCUUUUUACAUACACCUUUCCCAUCUUCAGAAAUCUAUAGAAUUUUGCCUGUUAGACAAGAAAUCCUGAAGGGUGUUUUAAGUUGUGAUUUAAUUGGAUUCCAUACUUAUGAUUAUGCAAGACAUUUUCUGUCAUCGGUCGAAAGAAUAUUGGGUGUCAAGACUUUACCAAAUGGUGUUGAAUAUAAAGGUCGUUAUGUUAAUGUCGGUGCCUUCCCAAUUGGUAUUGAUGUUGGUAAUUUCACUGAAGGUUUGAAAAAACCAGAAGUUAUCAAAAGAGUUACUGCUCUUAAGGAGAAAUUCAAAGAUACCAAAAUUAUUGUUGGUGUGGAUAGAUUGGAUUAUAUCAAGGGUGUUCCUCAAAAACUACAUGCUUUCGAAGUUUUCUUGAAUGAGCAUCCGGAAUGGAUUGGUAAAGUUGUUUUGGUCCAACUAGCUGUUCCUUCAAGAGGUGAUGUUGAAGAAUAUCAAUCUUUAAGAGCUACUGUUAAUGAAUUAGUUGGAAGAAUCAAUGGUACAUUUGGUACUGUUGAAUUUGUACCAAUUCAUUUUAUGCAUAAAUCUAUCCCAUUUGAUGAGCUUAUAUCGUUGUACAGUGUGAGUGAUGUUUGCCUUGUCAGUUCAACAAGAGAUGGUAUGAACUUGGUGAGUUAUGAAUACAUUGCAUGUCAAGAAGAAUUAAAAGGUUCAUUGAUUCUUUCAGAAUUUACUGGAGCUGCUCAAUCAUUGAAUGGUGCAUUGAUAGUUAACCCUUGGAAUACUGAUGAAUUAGCUCAAGCCAUUCACGAAAGUCUAACCUUGCCAGAUGAGAAGAGAGCGGCCAACCAUACUAAAUUGUUCAACUAUAUUUCCAAAUACACCAGUGCUUUCUGGGGUGAGAAUUUCGUUAAGGAAUUAUACAAAAUUGACAAUCAAGAUUGA